GGGAAGGGAAGAAAGCACAGCAGAGCAGAGGAGGCCGCGGGCGCCAGCGGCGGUGGACAGAGCCUUUGAAGAAGCAUCCCCAGGGCCGGGGUCAGGCCAGGUCGCCCGCACAGGGUGGCCAGGUCAGCAGCAUGAGCGGCUCCGUGCUUCUGAGGAAGAGCUCUAGCAAACAGGGCCUGGAGAAGCUCUUGAGGCUCACCACUGAGUGGAGUGUGGAGGACAAAGAGGAGGCAGCCCGUGAGCAGCGUCGGCGGGAGAGAGACAGGCAGCUGCAGGCCCAGGACCAGGAAGAAGGCAGCCAUUCUCCAGAGCUGCCGGAGCAGGAGGCGCUCCUCAGCCUGAAGCCCUCAGAAGGCCCUGAAGUGGAUGAGGACGAGGGUUUUGGUGAAUGGUCCCAGAAGCCAGAGCAGAGGCGGCAGAACUGGGGGACCGAGGAGGGGACUGUGGAUGGUGGCGAGCCCCCUCUGAGUGAGAGUCCAGAAGGAGGACAGGCACAGGACAGGCCCAGUCAGCAUGCCUGUGAAAAUGACAGUGACGGAGUGCACCCAACCCAAGGCCACCUGGAGGAGCUGCACCUGAGCCAGGAGGGGCCCAGCCCCGAGGAGGCUGUUGGGGGCUCCCUGGGGAUGGCAGGGCCCGGGGAGGCAGAAGAGGACCAGACAGGUGAACAGCCCAGGACACCCAGCCCCUUGGUCUUGGAGGGGUCUGCUGAACUCAGUUCUCCUCCCCUGAGCCCCACCGCCAAACUAGCUGACCGGACUGAGUGCCUGAACCGCUCCAUAAAGAAGAGCAACAGUGUGAAGAAGUCCCAGCCAGCCUUGCCCAUCUCCAAGAUCGACGAGCGUCUGCAGCAGUACACCCAGGCCACCGAGUCUGCUGGUCGGACCCCCAAGCUGUCCCGCCAGGCCUCCAUAGAGCUACCCAGUAUGGCCGUGGCCAGUACCAAGAGUCUGUGGGAGACAGGAGAAGUACAGACUCAGUCUGCUACCAAGACCCCCUCCUGCAAGGAUAUUGUUGCUGGAGAUAUGAGCAAGAAAAGUCUCUGGGAACAGAGAGGAGGCUCUAAGACCUCAUCCACAGUCAAGAGCACUCCAUCUGGGAAGAGAUACAAGUUUGUGGCCACUGGACAUGGGAAGUAUGAGAAAGUGCUUGUGGAUGAGGGCUCAGUGCCCUAGGCCACCCAUCUCGGUGCAGGUCACCGGUGCAAAGGAGAGUCUCCCAUUCCCAGGGGAGACUCCAGCCAGAUGCCACCCCCACCCCUGGCCAAGAAGUAGCUUUCCAUCACCAAUGUGGCCUGCCCUUGUCCCUGAAAUACCCCUUUUGCUCCUGGACCCUCCAACCUUUUCCCCUCCCACUCUCCGUCCCCCUCCCCCAGCUCUGCCUCUCACAGCUGGAGGAGGAAAGAGACACCUGACCACUGGCUAAAAGUGAUCUAAAAGGACCACCCUCUAGAGAGGCCAACAGCUCCCAAGGAAGGCCAGAAAGAGGGCUGGUCACUCGAGCAGAUUCCUGUGCUGAACUCUGUAACUCUCCCUGCCUCUGCUUACAGAGCCCCCAUCUUGUGUAAUAAAGCACCUUGAGUAUCCACCCCCUCACUGGCUCUC